CGGGGCCAGUCGGCCGGGCGUCCUGGCGCUGCUGUUCGCGGUGUGCGCUCCGCUCCGGUUGCAGGCGGAGGAGCUGGGUGAUGGCUGUGGGCACAUAGUGACCUCUCAGGACAGCGGCACAAUGACAUCUAAGAAUUAUCCGGGGACUUAUCCCAAUCAUACUGUGUGUGAAAGGACCAUCAUGGUCCCGAAGGGGAAGAGACUCAUUCUGAGGUUGGGAGAUUUGAACAUUGAGUCCAAAACCUGCACUUCCGACUACCUUCUCUUCACCAGCCCCACAGAUCAGUACGGUCCAUAUUGUGGGAGUUGGGCUGUUCCCAUAGAACUCCGGGUGAACUCGAGUGAAGUGACUGUCCAAUUCCGGAGCGGAUCUCACAUUUCUGGCCGGGGAUUUUUGCUGGCCUAUUCCAGCAGUGACCAUCCAGAUUUAAUAACGUGCUUGGAACGAGGCAGUCAUUAUUCGGAGGAAAAAUACAGCAAAUUCUGCCCAGCUGGUUGUAGAGACAUAGCAGGGGACAUUUCGGGGAAUAUGAAAGACGGCUACAGAGAUACCUCUUUGUUGUGCAAAGCUGCCAUCCACGCAGGGAUCAUCGCAGAUGAACUAGGGGGCCACAUCAACCUGCUGCAGAGCAAAGGCAUCGGUCAUUAUGAAGGAGUCCUGGCCAAUGGUGUGCUCUCCCGGCAUGGCUCCCUGUCGGAGAAACGCUUCCUGUUCACCUCCACAGGAAUGAAUAUCACAACCGUGAUUAUCCCUUCCGUGGUCUUCAUUAUCCUUGUCCUGGCUGGAGUGGGCGUCUUCGCAGUCUUCAGGAAGAGGAAGAAAAAAGGAAAUCCGUAUGUAUCAGCCGAGGCUCAGAAAACAGGCUGUUGGAAGCAGAUUAAAUAUCCCUUUGCUAGGCAUCAGUCGACCGAAUUUACCAUCAGCUAUGACAAUGAGAAGGAGAUGACACAGAAGCUGGAUCUUAUCACUAGUGAUAUGGCAGAUUAUCAGCAGCCUCUCAUGAUUGGCACCGGAACAGUCACGAGAAAGGGCUCUACCUUCCGGCCCAUGGACACAGACACCGAGGAGGCCAAGGUGAGCACUGAGGCCAGUGGCCACUAUGACUGUCCUCAACGCCUGGGCCGCCAUGAGUACGCAUUGCCCUUGACGCACUCUGAGCCGGAGUACGCCACGCCCAUCGUGGAGCGGCACCUGCUACGAGCCCACACCUUCUCCACGCAGGAUGGCUACCGAGUGCCUGGGUUUAGGCCCACUCACAAACACUCCCUUUCCUCCGGAGGGUAUCCCCCUGCUGCGGGAGCCACCCAGAGUGAAGGCUAUCAGAGGCCAGCAAGCCCCAAGCCUGUGGGUGGUGCCUACGACAAGCCGGCACCCAGUAGCUUCUUGGACAGUGGAGACCCUGCUCCUCAGUUGCAGAUGACUCCUGGGGUGAAUGAUGGUUAUUCAGCACCCAGAAACGGACUUGCACCCCUCAACCAGAUGGCCGUGACUGCUCUUUUGUGAACCCAAUGUGAAAGAAACCUGCUGUGGUACUGAGCGAGCUCUGCUGCAAGUCACUGGAGAAGUGCGCGCAUGCGUGUGUAGACUCUUCGUGAUCCUAGAGACAACCUCACUUACUGUUUACAGAACUGUGCAGCUGGUUUUGUUCCGACCCUUCCAGCAGAGCCGGUUGGUUUCUAUUUUGCAGGAAUAGAGACUUUUCCCAUUUCUCCAACUGUGAUGCUGUGCUGUAAAAUGUGCAAUUUGUACAGUCGUAUUUAACAUGAAUUAGAGUAACGAAGUUUAUGGUGUUUGUUUUCUACAUAGGGGCUAAGGUGAAAGCUUGGAAUUCGCCGAGAUGCGGUAGAAUAUGUGCCUGUUUCUCAGUGUGUUGGGUUAUCUGACACUGUUAGCUGCAGGUCUGUUUAAAAAACCCUGUCUGGUUGUGGUGGCUCGUUUCAUUCUUGAUAAACUAAAAACAUUUUUUAAAAACAUUUUUUUUUCUCCUGGAAGAAAUGAAAUUACUUGAAAUAUGAAAAGCACACAAGGUUGGGGUAAGUGAUUGUUAGCUAUCAUGGCCGUAGAUUUGUGCAAGCAAGCACACCACUAGAGCACCUGCUGCCUGCUUAGUGAGUGAGGGCAGCUCAGUGUCCUGGCUCUGUGUGGGACCCAGCUGCACCCUGAGGAACCCCAUUCUCUAAGGCAAGGACUUGGCCUUAUUUAUUAAAGCACAGUUUUCACAAGCAAAUCUGCCUUUCCACGGUGCUGAGACCGAAGGCAGUCCACGCUUUCUCUCCAUAAUUUGUAAUGAAGGUAGCCGAGCAAUUGUAGCUCGGGGGACUGUCAGGUAUUCCUAAACCCCAGCUUAAAAAUGUUGCUGAGCUCAGAAGGCCUACUUCUCAUAGCUUUCUCCAGAAAUAGUGCAUGUUGGUGACUUCCAUUAUCCUGGAAAACUAGCAGACAUUUGAAAUGUGUUCUUCCGCGUGUCUACGUAGAGCUUUUCCAGGGGAGAACAGGUAGCUGAACUGGUGGUGUGAAAAGCUGUUUUCUCCUACAUAUGUGAUUAUGUUCAUAGAGUAGCCUUGGUCUCGGCUGGACCUCGUCUUCAGUGUUGUUUUCCCUGAGUUUGCUUUGUGAAUUAACUGGGGGAAUUGAACCUCUUUUGCCAAAGAGGAAAAAUGUAUGUGUUUUGUUUGUUAAUAGAAAAUAUGGACCAAAAAAACCCACAAUCCUUUCUUUAAAAACUGUAACCCUCUUUGUGUGUGUGUUGUUUUCUAUGAAUCAGAUCUGUGUUAAAAUGGGGUGCUGAAAGAUCAUGGCAGACUGUUUGGUUAUAGCGAAGGAUAAACCAUUUUACUUUAUGGAGUUUACAUGAUUCUGUGUGUAUCCUAAUUGUAAUAAACUAUGCCAAAUCAGA